AGGUUAUUAGCGAGAGGCUGGGCCGUUGCACUCCUUUCGUUAGCAACUUAAAAAUGGAUGGGAAGCAAAAAGCUACCGGUAGCCUGCCCCCAGAGCACGAUGACAUUUACGCAGCGGUGUUCAACCUGGUUGGGCAGCAACGCAAUGAGACAUACGAGGACUUGACGAAGGUCCUUCCUUCCAUAAAGGACAAGGAUCCAGCCGAGCUUAAGGAGCUGGCGGCCAGGCAAGCCCUGCGUGAAAUGUUCAAGCCGUCGGUGGAUCCCCUGCGGGUGGAGUAUGAGCAAGCUGCAGCCGAUGAGGACGUGGACGACUUGUCCACUGAAGAGGGCGACUGGAUUGGUGCCAGCGUGAAAACUGGGGCGGAAGACGACGAGGAAGUUGAUGAGCACGGCAUUCCCAUCGUUAAGCUUUCGCGUGCCAGCAGCAACUUCAUCCUUGACGGCCCAGGCGACGUGAAGGUCGAUAAUUUCACUCCUGAGCUUGAAGAGGAAGCCGGCAACGCCAACCCAGAUGCGAACUCCGCCCCAACAGUGCCCCAAAGCGCCCCCAAAGGCGACUCCAGCAACCCCAGGGUGCCAGGUGGUGCUCCUACGGGCUCUUCUUCCGCCACAUCGACAUCACCAUCAUCUUCGUCGACACCCGCAGCAGCCGCUGCUACUCCUGCUGCUGCUGCAGCCACGACCUACGUCCCUACCCUUCUCGCCAGGGCUCGCAGGUCAACGGCAGGUGGAGAGGGCGCGACUGCCGCACCCACAACAACAGCGGCAGCAGCAGCCAGCACAGGCCGCGGUUCAUCCGCAGCUGCUGCACCACCUGCUGUGGUGACGCUAGAGGAUGAGAUUCGCGCGCUAAGGGCGCUGAAACACCCUAAUCGUGAAGCACCAGGAGUGGGUCAGGCGGAGCGUUGUGGCCGUGAGGCUGCUGGGGCCGAAGACGACGAUGGCGAUGAGGAUCCGGAGGUCAUCCUAGAGCCUUCCAGCCCCCGGAUGUCAAUGCUACUGCCGCCGGCACCGCUGCCGGUGGAAGGGAAGAGCCAUGCAACGUCGGCAGCAGCAGCAGCGGGUGUGGAGGCAGAUGGCAGCAGCAGCGGCGAUGACGACACCCUUGGCCGCAGCAGCAGCGAUGUUGACAGCAGUGGUGGGAGCGGUGCGGUCGUAAGGGAUGGCGCGGGGCAGGUGCCUGAGGGGCCAAGCUGCCUGCCGGGGCAGUGUCAGGACUCCUCCUCCGCCGCCUCCGAGGAGGCUCUGUGGCGGGCGCUGCAGGGGGUGGACCCGCGGGCGCUGCUGGAGCACAUGGGGCUGGCGGGGGGUGAGGGGGAGGAGGGGGAAGGGGAGGGGGACGGGGAGGGGGAAGGGGAGGAGGGAGCAGCAGACGAAUGCGUAGGUGGUGGUGGUGAGGACAGCUGUCAGGCAGCACAACAACAGCAGCAGCAGCCACGCCUGGUGCAGCCGGGUGAGGAAGCGACACAGCAGCAGGGGCGGCGGGAGCAGCAGCAACAGGAUCCCACUGAGCUGGCGGAAACGCCGCAGGUUGGAACUCCUGCUGCUGCUGCUGCUGCUGAGGCGGAUGCUCAGGGUAGACCUGAAGCCAUGGCAGGCGGAGAGGGCGCCGGCGCAGCAGCAGGGGUAGGAGGAGGUGAGGGCAGCAGUGCAGGGACCGCGGCAGGCGGCAGCGGGGAUGCUGCCGCAGUGGCGGGGCGCCCCGGGGAGGGGGCUGUCAGUGGAGGGGAGGGACGAGAAGGAGGAGCGGCCGGCAGUGGCGGUGAAGCCGGCUGCGGUGGUGUUGAGGUUCCUGCGGUUGCUAAGACGGCUCCUAAGACAACGGAAGCAGCAGCGGCAGUAGCGGCCGUAGCGGCUGUGGCGGCAGGGACGGAUGUGCAGGCGAGGACGGAGGCAGCGUCGCAAUCCGAGCAGCAGCAGCAGUCGCAGUUGGUGGUGGUGUCCUCUUCACGUGCGGGCGGGAGUGGCGGUGGUGGUGGCAGCGGUGGUUGCCGUGGCGGCGGCGGCGGCGGCGGGACGUCGGAUGGCCCCACCUAUGAGGAGGUGGAGCCCUUCAGCUUGGACCCUGACUUUGACUACGAUAACGUGGUCCUCACGCCGCGCGAGUUCCCCUACUCGCUGCUGUCGACCCGGUGGGGGGCGGCGGGGGCGCCGGCAGGCGGCCCGGCAGCAGCAGCAGCGGCGGGGCAGCGGUGAAGGGCCCGGCAGGCGCUAGUUUCUGGACGUCCUAAGCUUUUUUAUUUAUGCUGGGGUUUAUGUGGGUUGGACGGACGAGGAGGGAGGGGGCAGGGUGUUGGGGCGUUUGCCGCUGCCGUACCGGUAUAUAAUCGCACAUCGCGUGAGCUGGUUGGGAAUCGUUGGGACGUGUUUGUACAACUGAAUGUGUAGGUUUCCUUCUCCUCUGUCCUGGAAUCUGUUUUCCUGGAAUGGCUUGGAAACUGGCAACCGUGCGUAAUUAAGUGUGUGAGUCGUUGCUGAAUGUACGAACAUGACGCGGGAUAGCGUAAGAUACAUUAUUAUAUGUUCUUUUACACUGGAACAUCGGAGGGAUUUGCGGAAAGGUCCCAUCCACAGCACCAUCCACAGCAAACACUCAUGACAAAAAAUGCAUACAUUGCAUCAAGGUUUUGUUCAAAUGGAUCGGGUUUCGUCUCACUGCAUGCCGAUUGAGUUUUAACAACACUGUUGCCUCGCCACUGCACCGUUUCACGGCUCUCAGCAAGGAGACAACCUUUUGCAUCACCUGACAUCUAUUAUGUCCUCAUUUCCUGAUGACCCGCGGAAGCCCCAACGGAUCGCAUGUAGGACGGGUACACGUCAGCUUCCCACCCUCCUAUCUCAGCGUUCCACCACCGGCUCACCGUCUCCACAUCGGAAAAACACACACGUUCAUACCCUGUUUGGCAAACACAAUGCACUCUACACUCACCGUCACACCAUCGCUGUCCUUACGCCAGGUCAUAGCUAGGUCGUAACCCCGCUUCGUCCCCCUAAUCUCCAUCCCCCAAAGUAAAGUAUGCACGGCA